AUGAGUGAAAAAGCCGAAAAUACAGGACAAAGGAUGGUGUCAAAUGAAAAUAUUCCGAAAGAGCAAAUUGAAGUUCCAGUAACUCCUCACCAAAUCCAACUGGACGAAAAUCCUGAUGACAUCGCCUCCGGGAAUAAGAUACCAACAGUAGUAAGCGAUAGAGAAAAAAAUCUGAGCAAAGAAGUGGAAACGGUACCUGCAGAUGUAAGUAGUUGUUUUGAUUCAAAUCAGAGCGUAAAAGAAGAUAGUUUGAUCGUUGACCUCCCUGAUCCACAUGAAGCGUCAAUGCAAACAGAAGUGGCAGCGGAACCCCAGGGUGAUCCUCGAGGUGAACCCCUAUUACUGCCUGAAGACCUUAAUCAGCUAUUAGAAACCGAAGAGGCAAAAGUUGAAGAGGCACUGAAAAACAUAACUUCGCCUUCAUUGCCACCAAGAGUUGACGAUGCCAAAAGUUCCGCACCUGUUCUUCUGAAAUCUUUAUCUCCGCCAGUGCCACCAAGAAAUAAGAAUGAUCAGACCUUCUCUGGUCAACCUCAAUUACCUCCAAGGCAAGUGAUUAAUACGGAAACUCUGCAUCUGAAGGUACCCUGCGGUGAUGAGAUGCCUGGUAGACUAUCAAUGAAUACUUCAGGUAGUUCUUCUUCUUUAGCUCCACCUAUCUUACCUCCACGCCGCAUAGAAAAUCCUUUAGACUUAGCUGCUCAGAAGGACUUCUUGGCCAGUACAUUCAGGAGAAACAUGCGUUUCUACAAAAAUGAAGAUAGCUCAAUAAAAAGUGAUUUAGAUGAAAAUAUGCUCACUUUGAGGGAAGACUCCAAAAAGAUAGAUGCCAGUCUAUUGCCUGAAGAGAUUAGUUCGUUUUGGUUGAACACUUUGAAUGAUUACCAACAUACCCUACUAAAUGAUAUUGAAUCUUUGCACCUUCAACUGUCUCGUGGUAUACCAUCUGCUUAUCGUUUGAUAAUGUGGCAGUUGGUAAGUUACGCCAAAUCAAAAUCUUUUAAUCCUAUAUACGAAACUUAUCUAGUGCAAGAAGCACCAUUUGAUGUCCGAGAAUUAGAAGAUAAGCUGAAAGUGAUGGAUGGUGUUUCUUUUACCAAUGUAAAACGUAUAACUAACAUAUUAAAGGCAUAUUUGCUUUUUGAUUCAGAAUGUGAGUUUUCUAUCGACAUGACAUACAUUAUUAACAUGAUCCUUGACGUUUCUGAGAAGGAGGCAGAUGCAUUUGGCUUGUUUGUCCGCUUAAUGAAAGUUUAUGACUUAAGACUGUUGUUUUUGCCAAGUGCUCCUGGGAUCGACGUUCUCUGCUAUAAAUUCGAUAGAUUAGUAGAAGAAUCAUAUCCCGACAUCUAUAAAUACAUGAAUGAGAAAGGUGUUCAUUCUUCCAUGUUUUUGGCUGGUCUUUUUACAACCCUAUUCCAAAAGAAACUUACCGCUGAAACACAACCACGGAUCGGUGACAUAGUAUUUUUAGAAAGUCUUGACUCCGUUAUGAGGAUUCCCGCCAUGCUAUUAUGUCGUAGCCGGGACCAAUUGCUGAAAUUGGGUUUUGAUGAGCUUCUGGAGUUCUUAAACUCCGGUCUGGUGGAUGACUAUAUUGGGCAGGGAAACGAUGUAUCCAGUGAUGUUCCUUCUCCAGGGGAAUGCAUGGAUAAGUUAAUUCGAGAUGCUAUGAUGGAAGUGAUAAUCACACCAAGAAUCAUGAAGAAGUAUGCCUCUGAAUAUGAGGAAAUUCAUAGAUUAGAUAACGAAAGAGAGGAGCAGUAUAAAUCGAUCACAGAAAAGAACAUGCAUUUACAAAAACAUGUACGUAAAUUGGAAAAUGAUUAUACUUCUUUAAAUAGAGAGCAUGUGACAAUUGCGAAUGAGCUAGUAAAGAACCGGCUCAACAUUGAGUCCAUUUUGAAUGAAAACAAUGGAUAUAAAUUGCAGAUCCUGGAUCUGAAGAAAAAGUUAGAUGCAGAAAAAAAGAAACAGCUUUCGAGUGUAUAUGUGCCCAAUGAUUUGAAGAAAGAUUUAGAAGAGACACUGAAAAAAAAUUCACAGGUAAUGGAUGAGAAUCUGAAAUUACAGGACAGAAUUUCAGAACUAGAAAGGACGGUUGAGGCAAUUAAAACUGCCAAUAAAAACGGCACGCUAUUCGAAUAUUCAGAUUCUAAGAAUCAUUCUUUAGGAGCUGGUUGGUCAGGAUUCAAAAAGGUUUUCAAGUAA